UCGCUUCAAGAGUUUACAACGGCGUACUCGUCGCUUCACUAUGAUUUCAAGGUGAGUGACUCAUCAGCGCGUGACACGAGCAGAGUGCUCUCGUCAAGUUUAAGGACGAGCGGAGCAAAAAAAAGACGACAUUUACUUCUUGGCCACCCCUCCGAUCGGUCGCCGCUUGGACUCGACCGAUUUGCCGCCAUUGACUGAGGCACUUUGAGCUUCAAAAAGGGGAUCUUUUUCAAUUUAGGACAAACACUUGGACAUUUAAUCGACUUGUUUCGACAAAUAGCAUGUACCGAGGUCACGGGAGAGGCAGUGCGUCGUUCGCGGGGGCUUCUGCUUCCAACGCGGCUUCCCUGGAAAGCUCCGGGACUUCCAUCACACAAGAGCAGCUGAGCGGCGCCGACCGGUUCGUCCCGAGCCUCAACGCCAUCGCCGCUAACCGAGACCUCCAGUGGCUGGUCCAGCCCGCCUUGGUGCAGCAGCAGGGCGCGUCUCGCUCCCCGGCGCCGCCGUACCCCUCUCUCUCCGGGACGCGUCCUGGGGCUCCGCCCCCUCACGACGUCAGAAUGGGGGUCAUCAGAGCGGGCGCCGCCCCGACGCGGCGCAGGAACGAGGAGCACUUGUCCUUGGAGGAGCUGGAGAGACGGCGAAUAAGGAGAGAGCGCAAUAAACUGGCGGCGGCCAAAUGUCGCAAUCGUCGGCGGGAGCUGACGGACACGCUGCAAAACGAGACGGAGCAGCUGGAGGACGAAAAGAGCCGCUUACAAAACGAGAUCGCCGAGUUGCAAAAGCAGAAAGAGAAGCUGGAGCUGGUCUUGGAGGCGCACCGUCCCAUCUGCAAAAUCCAAGACUCCUCCGACUCCGAUGGCGACGCGGGCGCCGGGCUCUCGUCCUCGGCGCUCGUCAAGACUGAGCCCGAGGAGUACGCCGCUCCCGGGCCGGCCCCCGCCAAAACCCAAAAGGUUAAACCCAAGAUCAGCCUCCCCGCCAAGAGCGCGUCGUCGUCGUCGGGCCAGGAGUCCGAGUCCUUGCACACCCCCGUCCUAGCGUCCACUCCGUCCCUCACCCCCUUGGCGGCCAGCAUGAUUUUCACCUACCCCUCGGCUCCCGCCGACGUCCCCCAGCAGGCCCCGCAACCUUGCGGGGCGGCGCACCGGCGCAGCAGCAGCAGCGGCGACCAAUCCGAUCACUCCUUGCACUCGCCCACCAUCCUCACGCUUUGAUCGGACGAUUGACGGCAUUUCCGUCAUUUCAAUUUUUGGAUUGUUCUUUUGCAGGGGAUUUUUUUCCCUUUCCCCCAUUAAUUUUGGGGAUCCGGGCAAUAGAUAUUCGUGGAACGUUAUGCGCCGCGAGACGAUCGGGACGGCCAUUUUGGGUCCGUUCCGUUCGCUAAACAUAACAUUAUCAAUGGAGUGUGUACUUUGAAAUAGCUAUCUGUUCCUCACUUUUCGUAAACAUCAGAAAUGAGGGAUGUCCCCGAUCAGAUCGCUCGAUCGAUCGGACAUUGGGCCCGAUCGCGUCGCGUCAAUAGAGGGUAACAAAAUAUAAUCAAUAAGAAUAACAUACUACAUAUGCAAUUGGCCACACGGCUGGAAAGAGCAGAAGUAGGACCCUAUCAGAGAUGCAGUUAUUUAAGCGAACUUGAAAAUACACUAAUGACUUUUUUUCCCCCGACAUUCAGCCUGAAUCUUAAUUACGUGAAUAUGUUUUGUCCUUUGAAAAUGUCUCUCGAUUUUUUGUGGAGAAAACCAUGCAAUCGCCGACAAAAGAGCAGUGAAUAAGUUAACCGCCUCAAUCCCGUUCUAUACAUGUAAUAUCUAUGGUCCGGGUAGGAAUUGGACUACCCCUAAAUGGCCAAAAAAAUGGACAAGUUCUCUGGUUCUGGAAAAAAAAACAAAUAUUUCUUUUAUAUUUUUACAACUUUGAUGCCCUUCCUUUGAAAAAAAUAUUCAAUUAAAAAAGAACUAUUUUAACAAAUUGUAAGGUAUCAGAACAUUUUAUGAUGGUCAAGUUAAACUUGCCAAAGUUACAUUUGAAAAAGUAACUUUUAUCACUCUUUUGCUUUAGACAUCUAAAAAAAUGGGAUCAUAUUCAUGGAAAAAAAAAAAACCUACUUUAUGAUGUGAUGAUGUCACCAUCAGUGCUUUUUGGUUAUAGUUGUAUUCCUGCAUGCAUUUUUUUAUAAAUGUAAUCAUUUAUCAAAUAUGCUUUUUUUUAUUCCACGAGUGGCACGAUCGGAAUCGGCGUAUACGCUUCCGGCCUUACAGAGAUGAUAUUUUUUCAUAUUUGGGACCUGGCGAUUGUGUUGCAUGCAGAAUUCUAUAUUUUUCACGUCCCUUUGCAUAGAAGGGAACGUUCCGCUGUAUUGACCACUAAGGCUGGCCCGUAGAAGUUGAUUGCAAGCAUAUUUAUUUGUGAGAGAGGCUAAUAUAUAUUUUUGAUAAUGGCUAUAUGGGCAGUGCCUUACCUUUUGCAGAUUUGGAGAAAAUAAAGAGAUUUAGAAACUG